AUGGAGGUUGAGCCGGCCCAAGGGGAGCAGCAGCGACAAAAGAUCUUGUCUCUGUUUUUUGCAAAGAGGGCCGAGCCUGAAAAACUGCAGAAGCUCGUGGUCACCUUGCAGUUCGCGGCAAAGAAUGCUCGUCCGCUGUCCACUCUGGACAAUCAACCUCCUCUUGCUCCGAUCCUGGAUGAAUGUGUCAGGGAGAUCCGGCUAGCCGUCGACUUCCCCUUGCCGCCGGACGAGGGGGAGAGGGAAGCUCCAGCCCUGAGCCUGCUGGAUCAGGAGAUCGCAAAGAUCGCUGAGAAGACUGCUGCCGGUGACCCGGACGUCGUGCAGCACUCGCUGGUUUUUCUGCGGCAUCCGAUCGCUCUGACAUUCGUCAAGGUCGUUCCUACUGCCAAGCACCACUGUCAGGGCUACGAGUAUUUGGUCUGCAUGGCAGACGUUUGGUGGAUUCUGGACAUGUCCGUGAGCUACUAUGCAUGGUUCGGAAAGAACCUACACAAAGGCCUUUUCUCGGAGGCUUCGCAGCGAUGGGAAGUUUCCAUGCGCCACUUGGUAAGAACAGACACAUACAAGGGCGAGCAUGAAUCAGUUUACAUGCUGCCUGGUGUCAAACACGAUUGUUCUAGCUCGCUGGGUUUGCUGCUCGUGUUCGCUAUGUUGACUGUCAUUCGUGGCCUUAGCCUCGAGACACAGAAGAACAUCAUUGGAUUCUUGCGAAAGAUUUUCUCCCUGGUCAAGAUGGAUUGCUUGGCCCUCCUGCCGGACUGCAGCUUGCAGGUUCAGGAGGGAUGUGUCAGCAUCAAAAAGUUCUUCAAGAAGUUCGGAGCAGAUGCUACGCGAAUCUUGAACAAAAGGUGGGAAAGUGCCUUGGCACUGGGUCACUCCAGAUCCAACUACCGGGGCAAAGUCGCAAUUGCUGAUGUUUGGUUCUUCAUGUUUAGGCUGCAGCCAGAGGAAGCAUUGCAGUGCAUCCCGAUUGAGCGGGUGCAGAAGCGGCUCCUCCACAUCCUCGCACAGGCAGUCGAGAGGAGCUGUGCAGAUGGUUCCAUCAAGCUCCACACAAGCCCUGGACUCUCCGAGGAUAUGGACGGCCAAUCUCCGUAUUCCAGCGGCAAUGCGAGCCGCACGGCCAACCUUGUUCGAGAACAGCUCUUGACUCGAUUUCUUGCACGUGGCAGCGGAUUUAUAACAGGCAUGCAGAACAAAGAUAACAAGGACAUCGUGCCGGAUAAACUUCCAGGCACGAAAUCCCGCAACCUUCAAGGGGUCGCAGCGGAUCAAUUUGUGACGGCAUAUUUUGCAAGCUCUGCAACUCUCCUGUUGGAGCGGCUUCAGAAACAGGUCUUCCGACACUUGACAUGGUACGAAGAUGCAUCGUCCGUGGCCACUCACAAUGUCCUGACCAUCCACUGCUCUUGUGAUGGCUUGAUUAUCACUUGUCCUCUGAGCUUGCUGCCGGCACUGAAGACCACCAAAGAGACCACGAUCCAAGAAAACUUGGAGACAGUCGAGGCCCUGGGAGAUUUGGCCUCUCAGAAUCCAAAGAGCCUUCGAAAAAAUCUCUGUAAGGACGAAAAAGUGUCCACCAGACAGAAGAUGUUGGCCUUGAACCACUCGCUGCACCAGCUCGUUCGGUUCCGGUUGUCGGACGCUCUUCCGGCUCGGAAGCUCAGGCCAGUCAAGGAGGGCGAGACCCGGCAUUAUGUUCAGAAAGACGGGCUCAAGCGAGCUUAUCUUUGGCAUGCUCAGACAAAAGCUGCAACAUGGCAAUCGACGGAUCAUGUGGGGUUCGACAGCUGCCUUCGGCUCAGCUGCUUGCAAGACGAAGGCGACACAAGCAUGGCCGUUCAGAUGGCCAAUCACGGCCUCUCCAUCAUGAUCCAUAGAGAUUCCAUGCAUAAGCUCCACCGCGAAGAAUGUUUGGCCGCUCAAGACGUUCCCGAGGUCGCUCUCUCCAAGAAGCAGGUGCUCCUGAUCAUGAAGUACGACAAGGCUCCGUGGAAGACCUCGGCCUUCGGCCGACGGUUGCGGGAGGCGAGGGAGCUUGUGGAGGCGAUCCCGUGCACGCACCGGCUGGUGCAAAUGGUCGCUCCCGGCAUUCUCCACGAUUUGGGGAUGGACCCGGCCUCUCCUCUCGAGGCAGUGAAGGACGUUCUCGUCAAGUACGCCAAGGGUCAUCUGGGCACAGGAGUGGCGCUUGCGGCUCUUUUUCAUGCUCUGCGGCUCUUUUUCAUGCUCUAUGCGGACGUUCUGGAAGGCAAGAAUCCGCUGCACUGCCUGGCCGCUCGCACGGACGAUGACAAGGCUCUUGGCCCUCAGGUCAUCAAGGUCUUGCUUCGGCCUCUCUCUUUCGCCUACGGCAAGUCUGCUUUCCACGUCUUGCGGCCGUUCCGCACGUUCCAAGCAACAGAGGUGCAGGUCGAGAAGACACCCGAGGGGGCCGCUCGCAUGAAACGGUACAUCGCUCUGGAGUGGCCCAACUUGGUCUUGUCUAUCAUGCAAUCCGCCUUGGACCGCCAUCAUCUCGAAGACAUCGUGUGGAACGUGGAUCCCGAGGACGUUCCUUCAUUGCUGAAUGUGCAUUUCAAGCACACCGUGGCCACUCUGAGGCGGCUGGCAGAGUUCGGGCUCCUCUACGGGUCGUUCCCAUGGCGGUUCUUUCUGGUGUGCGACAGCGAUGAUCACGUGGCAGCCCGGACGCUCAAGGAGAUGAAGGACGAGUGGACGUUCCUGCUCCGCCAGGAAGAGGCCGCUCCGAAUGCUCAUGGAUCCUUUCCAUUGUCGCAGGUCAUCUGGUUGCGGUGGCGAGUCUACCGGGAAGUCAUGACCUUUGCGGAGGAAAGGGACUUCCGCCUGUGCGAGGAGGUCCGGCAGCUCAUCAAGGCCUACCAGGCCUCUCCGAGCUCCACGCUGGGAUGCGAAGACGCCUUUCGGUCGCUCCGGAAGGCCGAAAGGAAGAAGGGCGGAGGAGAGGCCGCUCCAUCGCAGCUGCAGGCUCAAGCCGUGAAGGCUUGCAGCGAGAGGUUCGGUGGAGACGGCGGGUUCCAGGUGGCCGAGGUCGCUCCUUCGCAGAUCCACUCGAUCCCGGUGAAGCAGACUGUGAAGGCCAGUGUCUACACGGCCGCUCGGAGCACAGGACCUGAGACUGGACUCUCUUUCUUUUCGGGCAUGGUACGUGAGGCGACUGUCAGCCCUUAUUUCCUCACACGGAAAUGCAUCAACCUCUGGAACAUGUUCAAGCGGAAGGAAGGAGAUCUGUCAGACGCAUGGCUUGCAGAGUUGUCCAGACCCGGGCAGGUGCUGAACGCCGGCCGCGACUACUGGUUGGUCGUGGAGUCCUUCGACGGCGGUCGCGAGAUGGUGGCGGUCGUUCCCACAAACGAAUGCUAUUUGCAGGACGUUUCUCCACCGAAGUUGGAGGAUUCCAACGUUUGUGGGGCCGUUCCAGUGCUGCAGGGCGGCAAGAUGGUUCUGAGGCUGGGGACCCCGACGCCUUUGAUGAACCAUGCCCUGCAAAACUAUGCUUCCCGCCUGUCGUUCAAUUGCCUGAGGCAGCUCUGCAGCUUCUGCAAUGUUCGGCCGAAGUCUACGAAGAAGAGCUGUGCCGAGGCCGUUCUGGCCCACCUGGCUUAUACCAAGGAACAGAUGGACGAGAUCUUGCGGACGUUCAAGUCCAAAGGCAAGGAGGAGGAGGCCGAGGACGAAGAGGAUGCGGUGCAAGAAGGCGAACCGGUUUUGGGUGUGGACACAGUCUGCGAAGCCAAGAUCUUGAGCAAACUCUUGCAGAAGCUGGAAGAGACGGAAGCUCAGGAGACGCCGAACAAGUCCGGAAUGCCGGAGAAGGCCGCUCAGGAAGCAGCAGGACACGGACCGUCCGAGCAGGAGCCCGCUGAGCCCGCUCCGGCCGAAACAAAGCGGCCCUCCCCUGCGACUGCGAGCGGCGGAGUCGUUCCUUGGACGGAGGCCGAUCGUGGUGUUCACGAUAGGCCCGAUGUCGCCAAGGAGAAGAUUCCGGACAGGUGCAGGCUCGCCAUGCACACACCUGACAACGCCUCGCCUUUCAUACAGGGACAUCUCCCCGCUGAUGAGACUUGGAGGGGCCGUUCCAGCACCUCCCGUGCAUUCCGGCCACUCAGCAGUGAGCAAACAGUGCAAGGUCGUGCAACCAGAACAUACGACUCAGCUUUGGCGGAAGUUCUCGAGUUUCUGUGGUCCUGGCACGAGGCCAAGACUCAUUCCUCGGCGGAUUUGGCCGCUUCUAGUACUGCGGUUGAUCAUCCAAAGGGCGACGGGGUCCCGGAUCCCUCUCCCGCUUCCGAAGCGCCUCGCAAGAAACGCAAGGUUUCAUAG